AUGCCUUUUGGUUUGAAAAAUGCGAGAGCCACAUACCAGCGUCUCAUGGAUAAAAAAAUUUCAAGCCAAGUUGGCAGGAAUAUGGAGGUAUAUGUGGAUGACAUGAUCGUCAAGUCCGCCAGGGCUGGUGACCAUGGCGAUGAUCUUAAGGAGGCAUUUGCCCAAUUAAGAAAAUAUCGAAUGAAGUUAAAUCCCGAGAAAUGUUCAUUUGGGAUUCAAGGGGGAAAGUUCCUGGGAUUCAUGUUAACGUCAAGGGGGAUAGAAGUAAAUCCAGAUAAGGGCAAGGCGAUUUUGGAAAUGAAAAGCCCAACAAGUGUAAAGGAGGUACAACGUUUCACAGGACGCAUGGCUGCCUUAGCACAUUUUUUGCCAAUGGCGGGAGACAAAGCGGCUCCGUUCUUCAACUGUUUGAAAAAGAACUCAAAGUUUCAAUGGACCGAGGCAUGCGAACAAGCUUUUAUCAAGUUGAAAGAAUCAUUAGCAACGCUACCGGUACUAUCCAAGCCCACGCCAGACGUUCCUUUGACGCUCUAUUUGGCAGUCACCGAUAAGGCGGUACUCCAGAAACCCGAUUUGUCAGGACAGUUGGUCAGCUGGUCAGUCGAGUUGUCAGAAUAUGAUAUACAGUAUCAGCCAAGGGGCCAAGUUAAAAUCAAAAGUUUGAUCGACUUUGUGGCGGAGUUAACGCCCACAGAAGGCGAGAAAACUCAGGGGGAGUGGGUCCUGUCUGUUGAUGGAUCCUCCAAUGACACGGGAAGUGGGUCUGGGAUAACUAUCGAAAGCCCAGAUAAGAUGGUCAUCGAGCAAUCUCUGAAAUUCGAGUUUAAGGCGAGCAACAACCAAUCCGAAUACGAGGCAUUAAUCGCCGGCUUAAGGCUCGCCAUCGAAUUAGGCGUCCAGGAGUUGUUUAUCAAAGGGGAUUCGCAAUUGGUUGUUAAGCAGGUAAAAGGCGAGUAUCAAGUGAAGGAUCCGCAACUUUCUAAAUACUUGGAAGUGGUACAUAGAUUAAUGAUGGAGAUAAAAAAUAUCAGGAUAGAACAUGUUCCAAGAAGUCAAAAUGAGAGGGCUGAUGUGCUAGCAAAAUUGGCCAGUACAGGGCGAUUGGGCAAUUAUCAAACAGUCAUCCAAGAAACCCUUCCUCGCCCAAGUAUUGACUUGGUGGAAGUUAAGUUAAAAGCGGUGAAGUCAGUGAUUGAAGGCGAGCCUACGUGGAUGGAGUCAAUCAAGAUUUUUCUUAAAAAUCCUCCAAAGGAUGACGAUCUGAACACGAGAGAAAAACGUAGGGAGGCUAGUUUUUAUACUUUGGUAGACGGUGAGUUAUAUCGGCGGGGAAUUAUGUCUCUUAUGCUCAAAUGCGUUGACACUAGGGAUGCCCCGGGAAUAAUGGCGGAAGUUCAUGAAUGA